CGAAAAUAAUUCGAUCUAGGUAGAAAGAGGAAAAGAAAUGCCCCGAGCGUAACGUCAUCUUGCUCGGCUCGAUCCCCCCCAAACCCAACCACCACCAGCCUCCGAAGCCGGCCGGCCGCCGCGAGCGGGGGGCUGAUUCCCUCCCCAUGGCGUCGAAGCAGAUGGAGGAGAUCCAGCGGAAGCUGGCGCUGCUGGCCUACCCGCGCGCCAGCGCGCCCGCGCAGUCGCUCCUCUUCGCCGGCGUCGAGCGCUACCGCCUCCUCGAGUGGCUCUUCUUCCGGCUGCUGGGCGACAGAUCACCGUUCACGCAGCAGAACUGGCAGGGGGACAGCCUCGACCGCGACGAGGAGAACAGCAGGAUCCAACACUUGGCGGAGAUCGCGAAUUUCCUGGGUAUCACGCCUUCGGUCGACACUGAGGCGAUUCAGGGCAGAGGCAGCUACGACGAGCGGGUGGAGCUCCUCCGUCUAAUUGUUGACUUGGUUGAAGCUAGCUGCUAUGCCGACAAUCCAGAGUGGAGUGUUGAUGAGCAGUUGGCAAAGGACGUACAACUUGUAGAUUCCAUUGCAGAGAAACAGGCACAAAUAUUUUCAGAGGAGUGCAAGCUUUUUCCUGCAGAUGUCCAAAUACAAUCAAUUUACCCCCUGCCUGAUAUAGCAGAACUAGAGUUGAAGCUCUCUGAGUAUACCAAAAAGAUGUCAAAUCUGCAACAGAUGGUGCAGGAGCUAGCCUCAAAGUAUGACUAUAAUCCGAACGAAGACUAUGCCGAGACAGAGUUGAAGUUGAGGGAACAUUUGCAAUCGUUUCUUGAAACAGUAAAAUCCUUCAAUAUGAUAUACACUAAGGAAAUUCAUCCUUGGACCCACAUGAUGGAGGUGCCACAGUUGCAUGGGUUUGGUCCAGCUGCUAACCGCUUGUUAGAGGCUUAUAACACACUUUUAAAGUUCCUUGGAAAUUUGAGGAGCCUGCGAGAUUCAUAUACAGCAAUGGCAGCUGGUUCACUUUCAAAUUCAAGCGAGCCUUCAUCCGUCACAAAAAUCAUUUCAGACUGUGAAUCCGCGCUCACGUUCUUAAACAACAGCCUUGCCAUCCUUUCAACUUCCGUGGCACGGGAGCAGGGUGAAACGCUAUGAUUUUAUGGCCAUCUUAUACCAAGAUUCAACUCUGGUACACGUGUAAGCUUGUAGUGAUUCAGUUGUUUGCCUUUUGGUUUCAGUUGAGGCGCGGAGUAAAGCUUGUGUUCCAAUUGUCGGUGUGGUCGUGUAUUUGUGUGUGGUUGUUGAUUCUUUUGCAGUUGUAACUUGUGACGUUCAAUGAACAAUUCUUAUAAAUUUGAUAGCAUAGCACUAGUUAAAUGUGUUUCUACAUUCA